AUGCUUCAGAAUAACACCAUUAAACGUUUAUUUGAUGAGUGUCUACCUAUUAGCUUCAAGUUGGGUGGGUUGGAAGAAGAUUUUGCGGCGAUUGAAGCUGCUACUACUUCUGCUCAACAUUCUAAAGCUGUGAACGCCUUGAUUGUUGCUAUUGAUGAUAAUCUUGGGUCUAUAGAUGAGAAGGAGUCCCAGAGCUCUAUCGCCGAUCGUAUGAAGCAAUGCUUUGGUUGGGCUGUGUUCGUGGUGGAAAGCUUGGCUCCUGGUUUCGAUGCUAUGUGUGAGUUAACAAUUCUACUAGCUGUACGCCUUUUGCAACGACGUGCUGGUAUCUCUCGUUUUCCAGUUGGACUUGACCUUCCGAAUGCUCGUGAAGUACAAUUAGAAUAUGUGCGAGUUCGCGCCUUAUCUGAUAGUGGUUCCGACGAAAAGUUAGUUUCUUCGAAGGAUUCUAGGGCAAUUAAAUUGGCCUAUGAGUUGCCUCCACCGGCUGUUUUUAAACCCGAUGAUCGGACCUUUCCCUACCAUUUAUGGAAGAAGGAUAUGAAGCUACAGUUGGCGGCUAUGCGGUUGCAGGGUGUAACAGCUCUCCACUAUGUUCUUCGCGCUGUAUGUGAUUCAGUUCGUCGAGAGCUUUGGGGUAUUAUCCAAUCUCCAGAAUGUAUUUCCACAUCGAUAGAAGUCGUUCUGGAGAAGAUUUUUUCUACGUUGGAUACUCGGUUUGGUAAAAGUCGGUUUAUUUCGGAUGCCCUACGUAGAUGGCAUUCGUUUACUCAUAAAAAACCUCAGUCAAUAUGUGCUUUUUUGGCUACCUUUGAUAAGGAGAAGUCGUUUUAUGAGAGUGCUACUGGUCGCACUCUAGAAGAGGUUGAUUUGGUUGCGAGACUAUUGGAUGCUGUAGACCCAACUUUAGCAUUAAAGCUGCAAGAGUCUCAUGGUAGCCGUGUCCGUUCUUUGUCUUUGGAAGAGAUCAAGUCUGAUCUGAUUUUCUUUGAAGACUUAACGAAGAAAGCAGCCGGUUUAUCUUCUCCUUCCAUCUCUUCUUCAACGACUGCGGUGAGUGGUAAUCGACAGGAUGGUAGCCGUAAGCAUUCUACGAAGUCUUCUUUGAAGCAGGAGAACCCUAAACAGAAGGAUGUUGAUCAGUCUACUACGGUUUCUUCAAAGAAAGUUAUACCUCGUGGUCGAUGUUAUCGCUGUUUUGGUGAAAAUCAUAAUGCCAAUAAAUGUGAAGCUGGGGCUAUCGCCGAAUAUUCUUCGAGAUGCCGUAAUUGUGGCAACUAUCAUGCUACCGAUGCUUGUAGUCUUAACCCUGACGAUUUAGUUUGUGGUUAUUGUGCUGGUAAAGGCCAUCGAUCAUCAGUUUGUACUGCUACUCGUUCUGGUAAAGGUCAGCAACAACAAGAUGUUCAUGUGGUAGAUGUGGCUAGUAAGCUUCCAAUCUCUACGUCUGUCCCCUUUUCACCCUGUACUGUCGACCUUUUCCUUUCUGGGAAAAAGCUGUCGUGCUUAGUGGAUACUGGGGCGGACGUUAGUCUGAUUGAUUCGUCUCUGCUCCCCGAGCUGGUUGGCAUAAAACGUUUCCCGGUCAGUACAAUUGUUCUGAGCGGGAUUGCAACUUCAGGCAUCGAAGCACGAGAGGAGGUUUUGAUCCCAGUUUCGGAUUCUCUAGGGCAGAGUAUUAUUCUCCCUUUCCUCUCUGUGAAUCGCGCUCGGCCUUCAGUUCUGCUUGGUCGGAAUGGCAUUGCGAUGUUGCAAGCUGCCGGUAUGAUCAUGCUCACGAGUCUUCUUGCUGCGAGUGGUACUUCCUCCGGAGAUAUGAUCAAGAUGUGUUCUGAUCGAUAUCAAGAAGCAGAAUGCCCUUCUUUCCUUUGCCCUUCGACUGCAUUGGAUAGCGGCUCCCUGCCGGUGUCAACGAAUUUUGUGCAAUCUAUUGGUCAAGGUGAGACUUCGGAUAUCAAUGCUUCGCUUCUUCUAUGGCAUAAAUCGGAUGCCGCUCUCGGAGAUUUCUCCGAGUCUUCAGUACCUCAUGAGGGUGAUUUUGUUGCACUUCCAUCGCGCGAUUUGGGUGUGAAGGUUACUAUGCCAAUCUCAGUUCCACCUCUUAUUUUUCCCACUGAGGGGUGUUAUCGAGUCCAUCACAGUGAGGUGACCAUUAAUUGCAUGGUGAAGACCAUUGACCAACUUGUCAGUGAUCUUGGUAAGAAGUCUAUUCCUGUGGAGAAUGCGCCUGGGUAUGAAUUGUUCAUCUCUCGUUGUGAUACAGGUGAUGCUCUGGAUACUCCGGAACAACGUUAUAAGUUCGAGAUUGACUGGCCCAUGGAGCCCUCUGCUAAAGCUUCAUGGGACUCGACUCGUAUGAUGAAUUCCUUGGAAUCUUCCGAGAAGGCUCUCUUGAAGAAGGAGACUGAUAUGUAUCUCUCUAAUGGGUGGUGGACUCCAGAUGAUGGUGCUCGUCCGAAAGGCCUGGUUAUGUGGUACGCCAAUUGGAUCUUCGAAAAGCUUUUUUGA